AUGAAACCUCGCCUGUCCACCAAACUACCCCAGCUGAAAGCACCCGUGCUCCCAUUUUUUUCUUGCACCACAACCCCGGCUCCGUACGGAUCGUCUGAACCAACGGACGUGACCAGGUACGUCGAGAUCUACAACAACGUGUUCCACAACCUGUUGGAAGGCGUGGCGGACGGCACCUCCGGCAAUAGGCGCGGCAAGAGCUCGCACAACGGCGGCGCCCGCUUGUCAGCAGGCAGCGGCGGUGGCACACCAGCGGCGCAACCAACAACGAUGCCCCCUCCGCCGCCCUCCACCAAGAUCGAGGUCCGCGAGCACCCUUCGAGAGGCGUGUUUCUCUCGGGGGGAAAAGGUCUCCGUGUCCCCGUCAGUUCCGCCGACGCCGUCGCCGGCCUCGUGGCCCGCGGUACAAAGUCCAGGCGGACGGCCUCCACGGGCUUGAACGACCGCAGCAGCCGCAGCCACGCUAUCAUGAUCCUCGAGAUAGAAGCGACGCACUCCCCCCCCUCGGCGGCGGCGGUGGCGGCCGCGGCGGCGGCCGCUAGAGCUCGGGGGGACGCUGUGGGCGGCCCUUCGUCCUCCGCUCCGUCUGGAGGUCUCGGGAGUAGCAAUCCUGUAGCGGGGGGCGUCGGGUCACUUGGGGUUGCGAAGGUUGGGGCGGGCAGACGAGGAGGCGGCGGAGGGGGGGGAAGAAGGAGGUCCAUCGUAGAGUGUGUCAGCAUCGGAAAGAUGCAGCUGAUCGACCUGGCGGGGUCAGAGCGAGUCUCCAUGUCCGAGGUGGAAGGGUCAUCUCUCGUCGAGGCGCAGAACAUCAACUUGUCCCUCACCCUGCUGGGUGACGUCCUCAACUCUCUCUCCAAGUACCACCGCGCUUCCGCCCGUUCCUCUUCUGCGGGAGGGAUGGAGGGAGCUGGGUCGUCUUCUGGUGCUCCACCUGCGGGCAGGGGCCGGGCGGUCGGCGAGAAGCCCUUCGUCCCAUACCGGAACUCCAAGCUGACGUACCUGUUGAAGGACUCUCUAGGCGGGAACUGCAAGACGCUGAUGGUCUGCGCCGUGAGGGCAGCGCCGGCGUUCUUCCAGCAGACCAUGAUGUCGCUAAGGUGGCGGGCUAGAGACAUCAAGAAUGUGCCUCACCGGGUUCUCGAGGAGGGGGGCGGCGGAGGCGGCGGCAGUCGCAGCGGCGGCGGCGUUAAUGGCACCUCGCUGAGGGGCACGGUGGAUGAGAUCGAGAACCUUCGAACCAAGCUCGUCGAGACGACAGCGGUGCGCGUCCGAUACUCGCACCGAACCGAGGGUGCAACGUGUUCUGUCCGACUGAAUGCCUUUCUUGUUACCCUUCUUGUGCUCCAAAACGGUAGGUCUGAAGAGUUUGAGCGGUUACGAGGCGCGACGGCCACGGGGGAGUCAGAGAAGAAGGCCCUGCGAGACCAGCUGAAGGCGCUGGCAGAGAAGAACCGCUGCGAGAAGGAACGCAUGGAUGAGCUGCUGGCGGGGGUCAUCCACAGCCAGCGGGGGGAGCUCGAGAAGCGGAAGGCGGAGUUCGUCGAUCUACAGGCAAGGGAAAUGGGUCUUUCCAGUGCUACUAACAGGGAGACGGGAGCGAGGGGGGGAGAUUAA